UCCUCUUUUAUUCAGCCAACCCCGCGAAUCCCGCUGCCGGUUCCUCCGCCUCCACCCGCGGGGACUCCCCGCGGACUAGCGCGCACUCGCUCUUCCGCUUCCACGGGGGUGAAACAGGCGGGCACCGGUCUGACGAACGACCUCACGGACCGGCUCUUAAGGGAUAUCGAUUUCACAACCACCACUACCACCACCGCCGCCGCCACCGCCGCCACCACCACCACCACCGCCACUACCACCACCACCACCACUACUACUACUACUACUACUACCACCAGCAGGAGCAGCAGCAGCAGCACUAGCACCACCAACACCACCGUCAACACCAACGGCAGGAACCACUACUGGCGCACUAGAGAGCACCCACCGGUACAAGCAUCCACACUACUGCCGCCACUGCCACCGGCGUAUCCACCACCCACCCUUCGUAGUGGAUAG